UAGUCCAUUAAGAUAAUGGCACGCUCCUGGGUACUUUUGCUGGCGGGGGUUGCCCUCCUCCAGGGCGUAUGCACCUUCAAUCCGUUACCGCUUCUAGAGGAAGAAGAGGCAUGGGAAAAAUUCAGCAGGGAACUGAACGAUGCCUCUUUCCGACUGCCGACGACGACGAUGCCGAUGCACUAUGAACUGUCCCUGACACCGUACUUUGAAGACGAAGAAAGACCAUUCACUUUCGAUGGAACAGUCGCGAUCUACACGAGCGCUACGGAAGAGAAUGUCUCUGAAAUUGUGAUACACUGCAAUGAUCUCACUAUUCACAGUCUGACUGUAGAGCACACAGACGCUGAGGGUGUGGUUCAGCAAAUAGCUGCUCCUCAGACCUACGAGUGUGAAGCUCCUCAAAGCUUCUUGAGAAUUGCGACCAUAGAGCCAUUGCAAGUUGGACAAGAGUACAUCAUCAGAUCGAGCUUCACUGGCAAUCUUCAAUCCAAUAUGAAUGGGUUCUACAGGAGUUGGUACAGAGACAGCACCACCACAAGAUGGAUGGCCACCACUCAGUUCCAACCUGGGUACGCGCGGCAAGCUUUCCCCUGCUAUGACGAGCCCGGCUUCAAGGCCACAUUCGACAUAACCAUGAACAGGGAGCCAGACUUCAGUCCCACCAUCUCUAACAUGCCUAUAAAAACUACUGAAAACACAACUGAUGGCCGUAUAUCCGAAACCUUCUACACGACUCCUAUCACCUCCACAUACCUGCUUGCCUUCAUCGUCUCCCAUUACGAUAAGGUGGAAACUAACAACGAUGAAGAUAGACCUUUUGACAUCUAUGCCCGUGACAAUGCCAAUGGAACCGGUGCAUGGUCCUUAGAAAUAGGAAUGAAGCUUCUAGAAGCCAUGGAGAAUUACACUGAUUACCCUUACUACACGAUGGCAGAAAAAAUUAACAUGAAACAAGCUGCUAUUCCUGAUUUCAAUGCGGGUGCUAUGGAAAACUGGGGUCUUUUGACUUACAGAGAAGCCUUAAUCCUAUACGACCCAUUGAACUCCAACCACUUUUACAAGCAGCGUGUGGCCAAUAUCGUGUCCCACGAGAUUGCCCACAUGUGGUUUGGGAACCUCGUCACCUGCGCGUGGUGGGGGAACCUGUGGCUCAACGAAGGCUUCGCCCGUUUCUAUCAAUACUUCUUGACCGGUUCUGUUGCACCAGAGCUGGGAUAUGAGAGGAGAUUCAUGGUGGAGCAGUACAUAUCUGCCUUGUCAGUGGAUUCAGUUGACUCUGCUCAUGCGCUUACCAACCCAGAUGUUUACAACCCGACAACUGUUUGGAACCAUUUCUCUACCAUCACCUACGCAAGAGGAGCGUGCAUCUUGAGAAUGACCCAGUACCUUCUUGGUCAAGAGACUUACGUUAAGGGACUUCGCAGCUAUCUGAAGGAAAGGGCAUUCGACGUAGCCGAGCCUCACCACCUCUUCAACGCUCUUGACGCUGCAGCCAGAGAAGACGGUGCUUUAGCCGCUUAUGGUGGCAUCACCAUCGACCGCUACUUCAGGACUUGGUCUGAGAAGGCUGGACAUCCAAUGCUUUCUGUUACUAUUGAUCAACGCACUGGGACUAUGCAAGUAACCCAGGCUCGUUGGGAAAGGACUACUGGUUCAUCUGCCUUCCCUGGUAUUUGGGAUAUUCCGAUUACUUGGACCAGAGAGGGCGCUGCCGAUUUUGAUGAUCUCAAACCGUCGCAGUUCUUGACAGCCCAAAGCACAGUAAUUGAAAGAGGCACAGAAGGUCUCGAAUGGGUGAUUUUCAACAAACAAGCCUCUGGUUUCUACCGAGUGAACUACGAUGACACCAACUGGGCUCUAAUUGUGCAAGCUUUAAGGAACAAUCCCAAUGUAAUACACGAAUUCAACCGUGUUCAGAUUAUCGACGAUCUAUUCAACAUGGGUAGAGCCGGAGUCAGGCCUUACCAGCAAGUGCUCAACCUUCUGUCGUUCCUCCAAUUCGAUGACGAGUACGGACCCUGGAUCGCCGCUAUCGAUGGUUUCAAUUUCGUGCUGAGAAGGCUUGCGCAUGAUGAACCUAACUUGCAGAAGCUGAGGGAUAUUAUUAACAAAGAACUGAGUGUCGCUGUAACUGGUCGACUGGGCUACGUCGAGGUGGAGAAUGAAACCUUCAUGGAUGGAAUCUUGAGGAUGUAUCUCAUGAACUUCCUUUGCGACAAUGGACACGAGGAAUGCAUUGCAACUGGCAUAGAGAAAUUCGCAGAAUGGAAGGCGGGAGGAUUCAUUCCAGCAAACAUGCGACCAUGGGUGUACUGCACUGGACUCCGUUUCGGUGACGCGGAAGAUUUCGAAUUCUUCUGGAACCGCUACCUGCAGGAAGACUUAGCCGGUGAACAAAUUGUCAUGCUUCAAAACGCUGGUUGCACCAGGGACGAGGCCAGCCUACGGAAAUUCCUGGAUGCAAUCGUAUCUCAACAGAACAUUGUAAGAGACCAAGAUUUCACAACCGCACUCACCUCCGCUGUAUCCAAAAACGAAUACAACACGAUGAGAGCUUUCGCAUGGCUCAAGGAUAAUGUGAACCAGACUACAGAAGCUUUAGGCGGCAUUGCUACUCCAUUGAGCUACAUUGUUUCACGGCUGUUGAAUGAACAGGACAUGGCAGAGGUUCAAACUUGGCUCAACGAGAACCAAGACUCGAUUGGAACUGCGUACAAUACCGGUGUUAACGGGAUCGCCUCAUCCAGAAACAAUCUGGCGUGGUCGGCCAGACGCAUGCCUGAAGUCUACGAGUAUUUCGACAACGGAGUAUAUGUGGAAUACGAAAUCGAAGACCCCACACAAGAAGAGGUGACCACAGAAGAAUCUGUAACGGUCACUCCCCCAGAACUUGAUCUUGAAGUAACAACUGAAGUUGAUGAUGAAUCAGAUUCAGCUAACAUCGCAGCGUUGAGCAUUUUCACUCUUAUUAUAAGCGUCACUAUUAAUCUAAUUAGUUGGUCAAUCAUGUUACUCCCAAUCCUGUUCUUCCUCGCGGGGGUAGCUGCUUACCCCAAUGAGGACAUGAGAUCUGACUUGGAGUUCUUCGGGUACUCCACAAACUUGGACGAUCCUAAAUACCGUCUCACAGACUCUGUGCAGCCCAGAGACGUGUAUGUGCAUUUGGAUGUGCAUGUCGUGGAGGCUAGAUUCGACGGUUUUGUUCAGCUCGACGUCGAAAUCGAAGAAUCGGGCAUGACUCAGAUCGUGUUGCACCAAAAAGUGGUGUCGAUACAGACUGUCAAUGUCCUUGAUUCCGCUGGCAGACCCGUGAACCUUCAGUUUCCUAACCCAUUCUCCACUGAUGAUCACUUCGAGAUCCUCCUCAUCAACUUGGCUGACCCCAUAUCAGCUGGUAACUACACCAUCACCAUCUCAUACUUGGGCAAGAUCCACGAGAACCAGUAUGACAGAGGUUUUUACCAGGGCUACUAUUUCUACAACGGAGAGAAGAGGUACUACGCCACGACGCAGUUCCAGCCCUUCUACGCCAGAACCACCUUCCCUUGCUUCGAUGAGCCGCAGUUUAAGUCACGAUUCGUCAUCUCUCUCACUCGUGACAGCUCUUUGCAGCCAUCUUACUCUAACAUGCCCAUUGGUGAAACUGUUGAGACUUCUCCCGGCCGUAUUCGUGAGACUUUCCUCCCCACUCCUAUUGUUUCUGCAUAUCUUGUCGCUUUCACAGUCAGUGACUUCGUUGCCACCAACUUAACCACCACGUCCACCAGACCCUUCCAAAUCGUCUCUCGCCCAGGAGUUACCUCACAGCACGUGUACGCCGCUGGUAUUGGUUUGGACAUCACCAACGAACUGGAUGAUUACUUGGGAAUUGAGUAUUAUGAAAUGGGACAAGGAGUGCCAAUGAAGAACGAUCACCUUGCUAUUCCUGAUUUUCCUUCUGGUGCUAUGGAGAACUGGGGGAUGGUAAACUACAGGGAAGCGUACUUGUUGUACGAUGAGGAGAACACAAAUAUGAUCAACAAGAUUUUCAUCGCUACCAUCAUGGCUCACGAGCUCGCUCACAAAUGGUUCGGUAACCUGGUCACCUGUUUCUGGUGGAGCAAUCUUUGGCUGAACGAGUCCUUCGCUAGCUUUUUCGAAUACUUCGCAGCUCAUUACGCUGACCCAUCAUUGGAGUUGGAUGACCAAUUCAUUGUGGACUACGUACAUAGUGCUCUCAGCUGGGACUCCGGUUCAGGCGCUACACCUAUGAACUGGACCGGAGUGGUUAACAACCCCUCCAUCUGGUCCCACUUCAGUACCACCAGCUACGCCAAGGGAGCUUCAGUAUUGCGUAUGAUGGAACACUUCAUGGGCGCUCGUCCAUUCAGACAAGGACUGAGAUACUACUUGAGAGAAAAUGCCUACGGUCUUGGAACCCCAGAAGAUCUGUACCGAGCGUUGAGACGGGCGGCUUAUGAAGACAUGGCGUUCAGACGGGACUUCCCCGAUGCUGACGUUGGACAGAUUUUAGACAACUGGGUGCAGAAUCCUGGUUCUCCAGUUGUGAACGUUGAUGUCAACAUGGACACUGGAUUGAUCACCCUCACCCAGGAACGUUUCCUUUUGAGCGGUACCCCAGUAGCCCAGCUCUGGGAUAUUCCCAUCACUUGGACCCACCGAGAUGAGCUCAACUUCGAGAGCACAAGGCCCAGUUUUAUCCUCUCUACUGCGAGUACUACUAUCCAGAACACUCCCGGUCACAUCUGGGUUAUCCUUAACAUUGCUCAGUCAGGCUUGUACCGUGUUAACUAUGAUGACCAUAACUGGGAAAUGCUUGCUUCUUACCUCCGCAAUGCAAACACUCGCACAAAUGUCCACAAACUCAACAGGGCUCAGAUCGUGAACGACGUGUUGUUCUUUAUCAGAGCCGGCAAGAUCAGCCUUGAAAGAGCUUUCGACGUUCUGUCCUUCCUUAAGAUUGAGACCGACUACUAUGUCUGGAACGGCGCCAUUACUCAGCUGGAAUGGAUUAGGAAGAGAAUGGAACAUAUUCCUCUAGCUCAUCAGAAAUUCACCGAAUACAUGCUAGAUAUCCUGGAUGCGGCAAUUCAGCACUUGGGAUAUGAGGAGCUCGCUAACGAUUCCACGUCUACCAUCCUCAACCGCAUGCAACUCAUGAACUUGGCUUGCAACCUUGGCCAUUCUGGAUGUAUCGCCGACAGUCUUAACAAGUGGCGUGCGUUUGUGGCUGACCCAACCACGUUAGUGCCAGUAAACGCUCGUCGUUACGUGUACUGUACCGGCCUUCGAGAGGGUGAUGCUUCAGACUACGAGUUCCUACUCAAUCUCUAUGAGACUUCGGAAAACACUGCCGACAUGGUCGUCAUGCUCCGUGCCCUUGCCUGCACGAAGGACACCGCCUCACUGAACCGAUACCUGAACCAGUCGCUGACCAACGACAAGAUUCGCUUCCACGACCGCACCAACGCGUUUGCUUACGCGCUCCAAGGCAACGUUGAGAACCUGCCGACUGUCCUGGACUUCUUGUACAACAACUUUGCUCCCAUCAGAGAAGCGCACGGAAACCAGGACCGACUCAUCGUCAACAUCAACAACGUAGCUGGAUUCUUGACCAACUACGAGCAUAUUGUUGAAUUCCAAACCUGGGCGUACGCUAACCAGUUGGCGCUCGGCAGCGCUUUCCAGAACGCUGUCAACGUCGUCAACAGUGCCAUGAACAACCUCAACUGGGGAAACAGCGUUGCUGCUGAGGUCUACGACAUACUCCUGGCGAGGAACUCCGCUGCUGCCAUUGUUUCUCCCCUCGCUCUCAUCCUGGCUGCGAUGGCCACUGUCUUACUCCGUUAGUAAUUUUCAAGUAGCCAUAACUAGUUUGUAAGAACAGCAAGCCAAAAUAAGUGAACACCGAAUUGUUAAUGUUCAACAACUUUUGUAAAGUAUUUAAUUGUUAAUUUAAUUUUUAAAUAAAUAAAUAGAUUACACAAAUAA